AAGCACCCAAGCGCCAUCAGUCUCGUCGAGCGUCGCUGCAGGCCUCAGGCUACAGGCUACAGCGCUGCAGCCAUAGCGUCGUCGGUAGCUAUGCCAGCGGUAGCUAUGCCAGGUACGUGUUCUGCAUCGUCGGCCAUGCGUUGUUGCGAUCGCAUGCGCGCUGUGCUAUCGACGGUCUAUCCCAAGGCAGCGUGCUUCCGGCCGCCUGCGCGAUCGAUCUUCUAUUUUUGGAUCUUCAAAAUAUCGAACACGACAAAACGGUUUACCGUUUUACUUGGUAUUUGUAUGGUCGCACCUGGCGGCCGGCCGCCAGGGCUCGGCCACGUCAUACUCCAAAUUGCCCUCCGAGCCCGAUGUCGCGACAGGCGGAGAUGAUGCGCGGCCCGGUCGCCGCUACCAUCGACGACGUCGUCGAAGCCGUCGACCGACGCUUCAAGGCGGCCUACGAGCGAGCCCACGUUGCUGCCAAGCAACGCGCCCUUGCGGCCGUGCCCAAGGCGACCGAAAUGGUCAUCAAGAAGCGCCGCGCCGCCGUCGAGCCGACGACGCCACGGCCGAUCAAGAAGACCGGCAAGAAGGAUCGCGCAUACUUCGAGGACCGACUUGCUCAGCUCCUUGCUGGUCAAGACGAGCUGCGUCGCGGGCAGGUCGCUGUCGCGCAGCAUGUGACACGCGAGCGCGUGGCGACGGCGAAGGCCAUGGAAGCGGUCCGGAAGCACGAGGCGGAGCCGCCUGAAAUCUUCUUGUCGCAUGUUGUCUUGACGGCCGAGCAGAUCGACCUCCCGGUCGAUGAGCUCGAGCCGAUCCCAGAUGAGUACGACGGUGACAUUCAAGUGUACAUCCGCGACAGUGUCGUAAACAAGGUCAUCGUGGGGGGGCCGUACCCACUGCGCGUCCCGCGCGGGGGUUGGUGCCGGGAGGCGCUCAAACGCGCCAUCAAGUGCACCAUGGACACGUGUUCCCGGUGGUGACGUUCCUUGCCGGGUGCUUGUCAGCGGUGGGGUUUGCGCCGACUGCAUCGUCCUCUGCUCGGUCGGUGCAAACACUCGCCGAGUCGGCGGUCAGCUACAUCUUUCCCGUGCCAUCGGCCCAAGACGCCCGGAAGGGCCAUCGCAUCCAGGAGAUCCUCAAGAUUGGCGAUCCCGACCUCAAGUACGGCGGGAGCAUGACAAUCAUAAGCCAAGACGGCGGCAAGGUCCUCCGCGGCACGGCGGACAACAUUGCGGCUUACACCCGCGAGAUGGCGGCGAUGGCCGGCGACUCUGUCCGCAUGGCGUAGCUAUCGAAACAAUACCAAUUCCAUGCAACACCAACAUUUGAACGUAUUUCCCG